AAGCUGCUGCUUCUCGCUGUAAGCUUGCCGAGCCCCCUGAGCCGCAGCUUCGGCGUUUCCAAGGUUGGCAUUUGCGGUUCGAACGGCCGAUGCGAGCGUCUUCAGCUGGAGAAAAGUACGAACUGUUUCACCGAACAGUGAUCGAGGAUUGAGAGGAUUUGGGAUCUCACUCUCUCAACGAUUUUUCUUCUCUCUAUUUCACGACUUCGUACCUGAAUACGCGACUGCUGAGCCGCCUCCAUCGCCGACUUGACGUUGGACUGAGUCUGCUGCAAUGAGACACCUUCCUCUCGCACCACCGACUCUGCCUCCUUCACCUCCCCCUUGAGCUGCUCCACUAUCGCCUCUUUUCCCGAGAGGGCUGCUUCCGCCGCUUUAGCUGCCUGAACCGCUUUCUCGGCCAGCUGAGCCUUCACCUUAACGUUAUCUUCACCCACCUGAUGUGCAGCCUGUUGGCCGGCGAUGUUUUGGGCGUCGGAAGCCGCUUUUGCUUCCUGGGCAGCCUUCUGGGCGAUGCUUGAUGCCCUUUCGCCCUGUUUUUUGUGCGCGUCGAUGGAACCAGAGUCAGAAUUUAUAAAACUCUGGAAAAGGGACCAGCACCCCCGGAUUUCGUAAGUUGGAAAGAAUGACACGGUUCGAGAUCGACGAAAAGUCGAUUAAUCUUGGAUCACAAACUGACCUCCCUUCCCUUGGUCACCACCUCCCUCCCCGAUAUUGAAGGGGGAACACAAGACGUCUGUAUCGCAUGGACCAGGCAGCACUGACCAAGCCGGGAGGUAUAAGAGGUCCGAUUCCCGAGUGCACAAGCAUCAGUUCUCAGCCCUCUUCCGGAGCAAAGACAGCUCCAUUUACCAAGCUAGCAUCGAGUGUGGUUAACCCUCAGCAGUCCCAUAUCCCUCAAGAUGAAGGUCUUCCUGGUGAUCGCGUGCGUGAUCGGCAUGGCUCUCAGCGGUCCGAGUAAACGACAGCAGCAGUUGGAGGCCGAUCAGCUUGAGGCAGAGGCCUACGAAUACGAUUACGGAAGCGAGCCAUCAGCCUCACACUACUCGGACGCUGCAGUGGCCGCCAGCCACGGACACGGGCACGGCCAUGGACACGGGCACGGCCACGGCCACGUGGGUUACAGUUCAGGGGGUGGUUUGGUCAGCAUAGCUCAGGGGGCGGCGGACCAGGCGCACAACCAAGUCGCGAACCAGCAUAGCGCAGCCGGGCAAGCGGCCUACGUGGCGAAGAACACGCUGGCCCAAGCGGCGGCCCAAUCGGCGGCCACAGCGGCGGCCGCGCUUGCUGGAAAGCAGAUAAUCCUCCUGGGCCUGGAACAGCAGUCGAGGGACGCCCACGUCGCCGUUGAGGGGGAGAAAAUGCAGCUUCAGCAGGCUCAGCGUGCCGCCACUGCCGCCCAGAACACCGCCCAGCAGGCCAUGCAUCAGGUCCAAGUGAUCACGGCCGCUCUGAACGCCGCCCAGGCCACGGCCGAUCAUGCGGCUCAGGCCGCGGCUGAAGCUGCGGCCGAGCUUGCCGCCCAGACCGCCAUGGUAGGUCAGGCCAAGGCGCGCGCUGAGACCAUUGACGAACAGCUCCACGCUUCCAGGGUGGAUUUCGACGCUACGCAAUCCGCGGCGAACAAGGCUGCGGCGGCGGCUCAGACCGCGCAGAACAACGCAGCCGCGGCUGCGGCACACGCUGCAAGCGCGGCCAGCGCUGUGGCUGGACAUCAUCCCGCCAGUCUUCAUCAGGCCUCGCAGUUGGGGGACUCGCUAGAGUACAAGGGAUACCGGUACUAGGCGUUGUCAGGCCCUUGAUCGUCAACGCUUACCAUCUUUAUCACCGUACCAACCACGAUCUAGCCACUUAUGGCUUGUCACUUAUCAUCGAGUUGGGCGUCAUUUGUUACCCCGGUUUUUUAUACUGAUGAUGUUAUGAUACCGACGACGUCAUUUUACUAUUUCGAUGCUGUUUUUAUUUAUUUUUUUUUUUUUUGUUUUUUUUUUUUAUUUUCUUCUUUCCCACUUGCAGUGGUUUGAAUUACGAUGGGUAUAAUAAUAAAAAUUGUUGCCAUGUAUGUUGAA